GGAAGUUAUCUACCUUGGUUUAAAAAACAGGAAAAAAUCAAGUAACCCCAAUCUCAACUGUACGAGGUCUUAGCUUUCAGCCGCCCCAUGUGAGCCCACCGCUUAAAAAUUCACUAAGCUUGAGCAGCCCUUAGGCACCCGCAUUGCAUACUAUUUCAAGGCCAUAAAUGCUUCAGCCCCUAUUUGCAGCGGCCGUACAACUCGGCCUCUGUUGCAAUCAUACAGCGCAACAAACAAGAGAGGAAAAAGAAAAACACUAACAAUAAUAACAACGAGACUAAGCACAUCACGGGUCACGAGUUCGAAUCAGUGUUACUGUCAAAGUUUGUUACACCCUCUAAAUCCAUGGCCUGAAGGUCAAGGAAUCUGCAGAGAAAGCACUUUAACUGCGCUCUUUUUAAACAGUCUGAAUGCGUCUGUAGGAAGCUGAAUUGCACCAGAAACUGGGACUUGAACCAGCGACCUGGUCGAAGACAAUACCGCCUUGAGAAAGAGACACGACAGAUAAUUUUAUAGGGAUAUAUGCAGAGCACAUAUUUUGUGUGUAUAACAGGGCUGUUAUACGAGGCUAGUGGAAUUUUGUAUUGCACGGGAAUUCAUCGGUUUUAUGAAAUUCAGAGGACACAGGAUUUAAAUCACGGUUGAACGAUGGGUAAAAAGUUGAGGAUUUUCAUGCUUGGAAGGUUCCAAAGGGGAAAACGUGAGGGCAGAUUUUUGUUCUAAAGCGAAUGAAGUUGCUAGUGUACUUUCAAGAUCAGAAUCCAAGGUAACAGAUAGGUUAUGAGCUGCAGGAGGGAAGGAGAUGUUUGGUUUUGAAUUUUGGGGCAUACAGAGUUUCUUUGGCCUGCAGAAUUGGCAGAAGGGAUGAUGUAUUGAAGUCUUUAUGAAGAAGCAGUGUAGAAGUUGUCGAGGUUUUUAUACAAGGUGUACCUUCAGGGAAACAAAGUUUGGUGUUGGUGUUGGUUAAUAUAUUAGGUGCAGAAUUCGCAGGCAUUUUUUGGUGGAAAAGUCUGAUUUAUAAGGUCAUUUUGAAGAGCAGAGAAUUUAAUGCUUAUAGAUUUGGAAGAGGAGAGGAUUUUUUCACUGAUUUUGCGUUUGAGACUUUCUCUGGAUAUUUGAGAAUGAUUUGAUUGUGCCACUGAAUUUCAGUUGUUGGAACUGCAGUUGACUGGACAAAAAAAAUACAUAUUGCAGAAACUCUAAAUUCCAUUUAUGAAAACUGGAGCUUGUUUUUGGGUGCAAAAUGCUUUAAAUUCCUUAAAUUGGGGAUCACAAUAAGUGUCUCGUUUUUGGGUGCAAAGUAUGGUUAAUUCUUUAAACGGUAUAUAGCAAUAGCUGUAUCUCAUAUUUUUGGAUAGAUAAAUGGGAAUGCUUACCCUUGGUUGUAACUUCUAAGUUGUAGUGGUCAGGUUUACUUCUUUGAAGCUUCAAUCUAGAGGUGGCCAGAAAACAUUUUCAUUUACCAAAAUUAACAGGGCAAGAAUAAAGGGAGAAGUUCACUGUACCUGGAUGGCCUGGACGAAUUGUGUAGCUUUGAUAAUUUUAGAGAAUUUGCUAGAAUUUAUGCAUGGUGAUACAGUACAGACUGGCUAGCAGCUUUCCAGUUAAGGCUAAUUUCUUCUGCAUUUUAUUUUCUCAGAAGAUAUUGGAAUUCUAAGUUAAAAUUCCAUCUAGGAGCAGGAAGAGGUAGGGACAGAUACAUGAUAGAUGAUAUUAUAAUGGAAGAGUCAGAUGCAGGAAUGGAUCAGACUUUAGGUUCAAUACUGACUCAGACUACUGAAGAGGUAGCUAGAGCUGCAAUGGUAGCAGCACAAAGUGUCCGACCUAGUCCUUCAAUAGUUGUUUCUGCAAAGCAACAACAUAACCAUAAUUUGCAGAAAUGGAAGCGACAGUUGCAGAAAGUUUGGAAAUGGGGCUUGCAUUCCCGGGAAUCUGAUUGGCAGUCAUCAUUUAAUCCAGAAUUAUUAACAACUCAGAAGCGCCAGUGGUAUGCAUUACACUUACAGGCCUUGGAACGUAAACAACAUCAAGAACCACAUUGCUUGUUUGAACAUUUUCUUGUUGUUGGAUUGCAUUCAAAUACAAAUGUUCAGGCAACUGAGGCUGCAUUUGCAAAAAGGAAGACAUGGGAGACAGAAAUGUCAAAGACAACAAGACUAGGUGAUGGAAGAAGACAACCAUAUCGUGGUCCUCCCUUGCCCACAUUAGAACCUCAGAUUCUUUUUAAGUAUCCACCAGGGAAGAGGUUAGCUAUGAGGAGCAAGGAUCUACCCGCAUUCUGUUUUCCUGGAGGUGUUAAGGCCCGCUUAAUGGAAAGAACACCAUCAAUGAGUGACCUUAAUGAAGUUGUAUAUGGUCAGGAUCACCUCAAUCGAGACGAUUUAGCCUUUGUUUUUUCACUUAAGGUUGCAGACAAUGCACCACUAUAUGGAAUCUGUGUUUAUGUGCAAGAAAUUGUUCAAAGGCCACCUGGUAUCCUUGCUAUGAACUCGGCAACGCCUGACAACUUUUCAUCUGUUAGCCGCUUCUUGGUUUCUGCACCACGUUGUUAUUGUAUUCUCACCAAAUUACCCUUUUUUGAACUACACUUUGAAGUGUUGAACAGCAUCAUUGCCCAGGAGCGUCUGGAGAGGAUAACACAGUUUGUCAACGAGAUGACAUUGACAGAUUAUGUGCCUCCUAUGGUAAAAGUGCGUGAAAGAGCAAAUGGGAAGACUUCCUCUCCAAUAGAUUCUGAUCCAGAUGAUUGGAUGGCUAGUGCAAUUCCUGUUGAUAGUGUAUUUGGGGCUACUGCAGCAGCAGCUGGUCUUAUUUCUGAAAGCAAAGUGAGCUCAUUUUCAUCAAGAGCAUCUGACCCUCCAUCUCCUGAAAGUGCGGUUACCAGUGAAGCUUCAGAUUUCAACCAAGGGAGGGAAUGGGAUAGAGAUUUUAAACAUACUGCAAGUGUUGGUGAUGAUAAUAUAUCAGAAACAUCAGAAGUUUGUGAUAGCUUUGACAGGGUACACGAUGGUGUUGGAAAUGGACAACAUACCCCUGAAAUUCGAACAUCAUCAUUGGGUCGUCCAAUCGAGCGUACUGCAAGUUGUGAAUCCAUCUAUAGUUCAAUACGUAGUAUUGAUUCAGAUGAUGAUGAUGUUGAUGAAGCUUCUAUUGGGCAAGAAAAUGGUUAUGGGACUGAUGGAAUUAUGGAAUGGGCUAAGAACCACAACAAUGAGUUGUUGCAGAUAAUUUGUGGUUACCAUUCUCAUCCCUUACCAUCAAGAGGAACAGAUAUUGCAUUUCAACCUCUUGACCAUUUACCAGAAUUGAAGUAUCAUCGACCUGGAGAGUCAACCUUGAAACUGAUGGGUGGGAGAAUAUCACAAGUCCGGUCCCACAGAACGAGUUUGGAGGUAGCUGAGGUAAAUGCAGCAUUGUCUGCUGGGGAGGAAGCACUUGCGUUGUCUCCAUGGACAAUUGCCACAGUGUGCAGAGUACUCUCACUUGAAAGUGUACUGGCUUUACUUGCUGGAGCAUUGUUAGAGAAGCAGGUGGUUGUCAUAUGUCCAAACCUGGGCAUUCUAGCUGCUGUUGUCCUUUCACUCAUUCCCUUGAUUCGCCCAUUUGAAUGGCAGAGCUUAUUGCUUCCUGUUUUACCGAAAAAGAUGCUCGACUUCUUGGAUGCUCCUGUUCCAUAUAUUGUUGGUGUUCAACACAAGCCAAAUGAUGUGAGGCCUAAAGUUUCAAAUCUUGUACGCGUGAAUGUAUACAAAGACCAGGUAAAGACAGGCUCAAUGCCAUUAUUGCCUCGCCAGAAAGAGUUAGCAUCAGCAUUAGAACCUAUUCAUGCAAAACUGGCAAUGGAGAAUGAGUCGGCAGGAAGACACCCUGUGUACAAGUGCAAUGAAGUGCAGGCAAAGGCAGCUGAAGAUUUUCUUGCAAUUCUUAGAACCUAUUUAGAGUCAUUUUGCUCAGAUUUACGUUCUCAUACGAUUACAAAUGUGCAAUCAAAUAAUGAUAGGGUUUCUCUUCUUCUAAAGGAUAGUUUCAUAGAUUCUUUUCCUAGCAGAGAUCAACCGUUUAUAAAGCUUCUAGUUGAGACGCAGCUUUUCUCAGGGUUGACAGAUGCUGCACUUUCAAGCUAUGAAAGUGACUAAAGACAAGGUUUUGCCACAACUAUGUACAUUAGUUUUCAAUGCUAUUUCCUUACGAAGUGGGAGGACAACUAGGCAGUUCAAUGCCCAACAAUGUAUUGAAUAUAUUCCCCUAAUUGAUCUUGUAUACUUGGUUUAGGAAUUGGUCUCUUCGAUACUUGUAACUGGCUCUCCCAGAAAGUAGGGUUCCGUCAGUGAAGUAUUUGUAUGACUGAUGAAAUGUGUACAUUCAUCUGAGAACAAUAUAGUGUAAUGAAAUUAUACAAAUCAGUUAGGCAAGCGCUAUAAUAUUUUUUGUAAUAGUUCAGUUCUAGCAAAUAAAAUGUUCAUGUCCAGAUGGCCCAAGUUUUGGCCAUCUAAACUCUGAAGGCAGGUGCCUUAGUUUGUCUCAA